AUGAACAAUCUGCCAGAGGACUGCAUCGCCAAGAUCCUUUCCUUGACUACGCCCCGCGACGUUUGCCGAUUGUCGGCCGUCUCCAGGAUUUUCAGUUCCGCCGCCGACUCCGACGAUGUCUGGAAUCAUUUCUUGCCUUCCGAAUUCCCCGCCGGAUUUGCGGCACCUGAGGGUCUUCCCACCAGGAAACGCCUCUUCUUCUCCCUCGUCGAUAACCCUCUUCUUCUUCUCCACGAUCCCCCACAUUUGGUAUCUUUCUGA